UUGUCUUGGCAGUGUUUACAUGUAUCAGCUGUUGUGUGUUGCUGUGGCUGUGUGACUAGUGGCAGACAGGAUGUGAAGACUGCAACACCUCUAACACCCAGGAAGGACGCCAGGAGCACAAUUAUAAGGGGAGAUAAGGUGAUUAGGAGCAGCGGGGACUACAGGUGAAGAGGGGAGCCAUAAAUCCAGGAUGUGCUGCUGGGUGGGGCGUCACAGCUGAGGCCAGGAAUGGAGGUGUAGCGGCAGCAGCGGCGGUGGUGGUGGUGGUGGUGGUGUACUACUAUGAAGUUUGACUAAGACAUGAAUCUGCAAUCAAUGUUUCGAGACUUCAAUCCUGGUAAGUUCAUCGUGUGGGUGUGUGUGGCGACCUUCACGGCUCUGCUCUCCCUGCGGCUGGACGGGGAGCUGGACUGGAGUUACUGGGUGGUGUUCUCUCCCAUCUGGCUGUGGAAGGCUCUGGUGGUCCUUGGCGCUCUGGUUGGCAACAUUGUGUGGUGGAGGAACCCGCACUAUAGACUAGAGGGCCAGUCUUACAUACAGUACCGUGCUCUCCUCAUCUCCCUUGGCCUGCAUCUAUUCCUGCUAAUGUUUGAGGUGCUGGUGGCAGACAAACUGGAAAACCACCGUCAUGCUUGGGUGUCUGUGUUCGCUCCUCUUGUCCUCAUCUCCAUCGUCUCCAUUGCUGCGUGUAUCUGGGCCGUCAAGCAUGAUAGGUCUUUUGAGCUCGAGUUGUUCUGCUCGGUGAACCUGCUACAAUUUAUCUUCAUUGCGCUGCGUCUGGAUGAAUACCUACACUGGCCUUGGGAGAUCGUGUUUGUGCCAGCCUGGAUCCUACUGUGUGUGUCUGUGGUGGCUGUCCUCUACUCCAUCAUCUUCGCAGGACUUCUCUUAAGGAUGCCUGACGUGAAUCCUGACCGUCGCCGCACCUCCAUGAACUCGGCAAUAGGUUACACAUGUCUCGUCGCGCCCUUGUUGAUUUUUCUGAUCACCUUGGCGAGUAAGCUGAAUGGGAACACCUCAGCGACUUAUACCUCUGUGGUGUCGCCGCUCUACAUCUCCUACGCCACUUUGCUCCUCAUGUCCUUCACCACCAAGAGAGCUAACCAGUGGUGGUUUGGUUUACGCAAGGAUCUCUGCCAGUUCCUCCUAGGGGUGUGUCCUCUCCUGCAGGAGUAUGCCAACAUAUCCUACAGUAUCCCACACCUGGAGGACUCCCGUGCAGGACUCCCACAGCCCCCCACUGAUCCUGCUGUGGUGACCAGUGAGAAGAGGGAUGUGGUGGCAUCCUCACGACGUCUGGAGCAUAGAGUGGUGGUGCCAGCGCUGAGUCUUGAGGUGCCAGACUAGUGCAGGGAGCCAAGUGCCUGAAUGGAGUGCCAGGGAUAGCUUAUAAAAGGUGCCAGGCUAGGUUUUAAGUUAGGAUUUGAAAAUUUUUAGGGUUUUUAGAAUGUUUGUGUCAUUUUUUUUUUUUUCUGUUCUAGGUUAUAGAAAUUUUGUUGUUCCAUCUCAAAUACUGUUGCACUCUCCUAAAUCACUGCUACACCUUCUCAAACACUGCUACAUCCUUUCAAACACUACUACACCCUUCCAAACACUGCUACAUCCUCUCAAACACUGCUACACCCUUCCAAACACUACUAUACCUUCUCAAACACAGUGUUCGUCAGGCAAACUCUGUUACCAAUUAAGAAUGGAAAGCGGAAAGGCUUGCUGAUGAUGUCAGAAGUGAACACCAAGAGGUGUACUGGACACUGCCCAUGCUUGAAGUAUGGGAAUUUCUUACACUGUCUGGUGGGACUGAGGUGUAGUAUACGAUACUGCCAGGCAUGCCAAUAAAGUUACCUGGUUGAUGAAUUUUUUAAGUCUGUUGGGAGGAGGUUGGGAAGGAGUUUCCCAGGGUCAGAUUGUCCUGCAAAAACCAUUCUAGGAGGGGCUAGAUAGUGUCAGUUCACCACAAAAGCACACUCAUUGAGGCAGAUCCUCCUUAGGUGAGAGAGGAAAGACAAUCUGACAACCUGGCAACAAACACUUCCUGUUGUCGCUCAGAAGAGGAUGAUGAAAGGCAGAGCUAAGAACAUGAGGCAGAGGGACACAUGACUCUAUUUAGCUGUCCUAAGCCUUAUGGGUGUACAAAGAAAGUCCACAUGGAGGUGACAGGAGAAUGUAAGUGGCAGAGCAUGUUUGAUUAGCCAGCAGACAUCAGCUUUGAACAUUGUCUGCCAGUGAGCUAAGUAGAAACUGUGGUACAUAACGUCAUCUGGCAGCACGGUUUGUUGCCAUGUCAUCUUCCCUCAUGGCAACACUUACUGUAUGACGUCAUCCUGCUUCACCCUCUGAUGUGGUAACAGUGUUUGUCUGACAGACACUGCUGGACCCUGUGGACACUUCCUAACUGGUUGUAGAAAAUUAUUGCUAUUUUAAAGGUUGACUUCUCAUUUUAUGGAAGGCAAAUUUUCUGUCAUUUCAAAGAAUAGUUUUUUUGGUUCAGCUAUUAUUAAAGAUGAUUUUACUCUGUUUUAGGUAAACUUUUUUAUGGAUUUAAGGAGUCGUGUGAUGUUUCAAAGAUUAAUUUUUUGUGUAUUUAUUUAUUUUCUAUGUUUUAGAAAGGCCAACCUAACUUUCAGUCUUAUUAGGUAAGAUUUUAAAAAUGUUUUAGGGAUUUUGUGUUUCUGAAAGUUAUUUGUUCACUUUUUUCCAUGUUCAAGAAUAGAUUAACAGUCAGAAAAUGCUAAGUUAGUUUUUAGUUUUAGUUUAGUUUUAUAGUUAUUUGGUUUGGCACUUUUUUAGAAUAUUUUUAGGGAGAUGAAUUUGUAGGAAACUGAUGCUUUAUUUUCUUAUUUAUUUUUAGCUAUUUUUCUGUGAUGCAAAUUCUUCCGGCACAAACAUGUAAGGUAGCAUUGAUUUUAGGUUAAGUUCUGAGGCAUCGGGGCAGUUCAGGGGUUGUUAGGCAUGUAAUAUUUAGGUUAGGUACAAAAACACUUAUUUUAGAGUACACAAAGUUAUUGUAUAGAAGUUCAUACAUGUGUGUGUGUGUGUGUGUGUGUGUGUGUGUGUGUGUGUGUGUGUGUGUGUGUGUGUGUGAGUGUGUAAAUGCAGGACUAGUGUGUGAUUAUAUGAUAGAUAUAGUGAAUGAUAGUGGUGUGUGUGUGUGUGUGUGUGUGUGUGUGUGUGUGUGUGUGUGUGUGUGUUUGUGUGUGUGAUAGUUUAGAAAGUGUAGCAUGUCAGUCUUGCCUUAUUGUAUAUAGUGAAGUAUGAUGCUUUUUAUUUAUUUAUUUAUUUUUUUUUUAUGAAUUUUGUGUAGCCUAGUUUGUGUUUGUUGUCAUUUGAAUCUGUGUAUGAUUUGUGUUAUGUAUUAUCAGUUUCAUUAUUUAUUUAUUUAUUUUAUUUUAUUUAUUUAUUUUUUGUGUGUGUGUGUGUGUGUUCUAAAGAUUGUAUUAGUUGUAACUCCUUCAGUGUCUUAAUUAUCAUAUCAUUACUUGUCAUUGUCAUCAUUAUUAUUGUUAUUAUCAUUCAUGUGUUGUUACAUAUCAUCAUCAUUACUAUUAGUUUGUAGUUAGCUAAGUAUCAGUUAUUACUAGUAUUAGGGCUAGUAAUACACACACAUACACACGUACAUAUAAACAACACCUUUUCAUGAUUAUCAACAAUAGUUAUCACAUUAUUAUUACUACAGGUUAUUACGUAUUGGUGCAUGUAUUCAGAUUACCAUUACUUCAUUAAGGUGACAUCAGACAAGCUGGGGCUGUGUCAUCUGUUAGCCAUGACAACUGACAAUACAGUGUUGUUUCCUAUCCACAAUGUAAACUCGGUCACUUGGCUUCUUAUCUGCAGUGUAAACUUUGCCUCUCACUCAGAUUGCUUCUCAAAUACAGCAAAGGUGUAUUUUUAA